AUGAGGAAUGUGUUCACCAUUGCGACCAGCAACGAUGUUGCUCGGCAACGAGACUGCGUCGGCGCAACCGGAGCGGCAAGAACAGGGUACGGGAGAAGGACAGAUAACGAGGAUAAAUUCUUCAAGAGGAUGGUCGGCUCUACCCCAGACUUAGGGGUUCUAUGUUUGGAGUCCCGUGGAAUACCAUUGACCCCAAGGCCCCAGACAACACCCUCAUGGCGUAAUUGCAAUAGUCGAGCAUCACUGCAAUCAGCUUCAGGUUCAUUGUGUGCUGACCAUGAUGUAAGCCGCUCCAUUGCAAAAAUUGCACACAUUCUUGCUCAGAGAGCCAAGGAAAAGCAAAAUGACUUAAGAAGAGCUUUCGAAACUUAUGACAAAGUUCGGAAUCUGACGGUCACAAAAGGCGAAUUCCGCAAAGUGAUUGAAAGAUUUUUGCUGCCUCUUAAUCCAAAACAAUUUCAAGAUCUACUUGCAAGGAUUCCAAUCAACAGCGAUGAAACGGUACCUUACAUGGUAUUUUUGGAGAAAUUUUGUUCAUCUCAUGAAUCCUGUGUAAGAAGAGCAAGCAGCAGGAACGGUUCCAUUAUCUCCAAUUGCAAUUUGACAUUAAAGCAAAUUGAGAAUCACCUCAGAGAAAAGAUCUUAAAUAAUGUAAAAAAUCUCGUAAGAGCCUUUAAGUUAUUUGAUUAUAACAAGGAUGAGCACAUUCAGUGCUAUGAACUUCGAAGAGUUCUUGAGAGUUACUGUCUUCGAUUAAGCGACUCUCAGUUUGAAAGGCUUUGUUCUCGAUACAACCUUUCUAGGACUGGAACAGUGAAUUACAUGCAAUUUCUACAAAAGCUGGACAUCCAUGUUGAAUCCUCAAACAAAUGCAGUAAAGAAUGUGUGGCACAAGCAAUGAACUGGGAAAAUGGCGUUCAAGAACAAGGAAAAAAAACAAAAUUGCAACAACCAGUGACUGAGGAGCCCCCCAUAAUUUCAAAAAGUUCAUCCGUGGAUGAAAUUUAUUCUACUUUUCAAAAAAAGUUGCACUCCAAUUAUCAUGAAUUGUUGCAAGCAUUUUCAACUUCUGAUGUGACCAAAAGUGGCUUAGUCUCAAUGGAAGAUCUCCAGACAAUUUUCAACAAUGUUUUAUUUUCAAUGAGUAAAGAAGUCUUUGAUCACAUAAUGGGCAGGUAUAAAAUUGAAACUAAUGGCAAAGUAGCAUGGAAACAAUUUUUACUGAACUGUCCAGAGUCACAGCCAUUGGAGGACAAAUGGGCAUUAUCAAAGCAUCAACCAAAUCAUAUUUCUUCGCAGGAUGAGAGUUUGACCGUUAUCCAGGAAACUCCAAAGUCUCCAGCAUGUGGUUCACAGAAAUCUGGAGCAAAGUUUGAGUUGACUCAUGCUGGAGAAAUGUUUGGGAACAAAAAGGUUAUGGAUGUUGUCCUGAAGCUUCAUAAAUAUUUCCAGGAGAGAUACCCUGCCUUGGAGGAGGAGAAAUGCAAAGACAUAAUAGCUAGACAAGAACUGCGUCAAAUUCUACAGCAUUUCCCUUUUCGGCUAACUGAUGAGGAGAUUAAAACAUUUAUGUUAUUGCUGGAUCCACAGCACAGUGGCUAUUUUCAUUAUAACCAACUUAUGGAACUUAUUGAAGGAAAAAAGAACCAAAGUUCUUUGAAUGGAACUAAAAUUGUCAAGAAGCAUACUCCUGCAGCAGCAGUAUGGGGAACUGUAGAAGAUAUUCUGUGUGACAAAAUUAGACACAAUUGGGAUGAAAUUCAGAAGUCUUUUAUGAUGAAUGAUCCGGAAAGAACUGGUACAAUUAGCCUUGCUAAAUUGCGAAAGAUCCUGGAAACCCACUGUCUUAGUAUUUCUGAUCAGCACUUAGAGAAAUUGUGCAAGCAACAACAGAACAGCAGCGUACAAGUUUCAUAUCAGCAGUUCCUGGAAAAUCUUGGGGUUAUUGGCAUGCCUAAGAUCACCAGCACAGAAGUACCUGUGCUCAAUCAUCAGCAAGAUAAAAAGAGGCUCAUAAAGAAAGAAAAUGAGGAUUCCAUGUUUUGCAAGGCGAUGACUUUGAAUGAAGUAAAAUCAGAGCUUUGGGAACGUAUUACCUAUUGUGACAGUAACAUUAGAAAAAGUUUCCUUACCCAUAAAAACCAAUGUACUGGCAAAAUCAACCAGGAAGGAUUCAAAAAGGUGCUACAAGAUUGCGGCAUAAUCAUGGACGAACAUCAGUUUAACAUUCUGGCUAACGUACUGGGAUUCAAGAAUCAAGACUUGGAUUUCCAUGACUUCUCUGAACACUUCAAAGAUUACAGAACUGCAAGUCCAGAUGUUGCAAUAAAACAAUCUUCCAGUAAAGGGGCUGACUGGAAAAUGAGACGCAUGAUUGCUGAUGAUUGUUUUAAUUACAUCUUUGAAAAAGUGAAACAUUCAUCUUCGGAUUUUCACGUAUUGUUUGACCAAUUAGACCGUAACCACGAUGGAUUAAUUACGAUGUACGACUUUCGUACUCUGCUUGAUGACUUCCCACUUACAGUCACAACAACCGAAUAUCAUCGAUUUUUAGAGAUGUUGGGACUUCUACCCGAGUCAAAACUAACGUAUUUGGAAUUCCUUAAGAUAAUUAGGAUAAUAGAGUCCAAGCAAGAUCAGCGCUGGAAUAAAUCAGCCCACAACUCAAGAGAAGACACAGAUGACACUUACCUGAUUUGCGAGCAGGUUCAUGACUACUUAUCUAAUAAAGCAAGAACAAAAUGGCAUGAGAUGAUCAAGGCCUUUAAUCAGAUUGAUUCUGAAGGUAACCUUAUUGUGCAAAAGAAGGAUAUAAAGGAGCUUUUAUGCCAGCCCUGUAUGCCAAUUUCACCCAAGCAAUUUGAAACAUUUUGGUCCUGGUAUGAUCCUGAUAAUAAAGGUUUUGUGACUUACUUUGAGUUCCUGCAGAAGCUCAGGAGCAGGUUUGGAUCACAAAUCCAGUCAGACAGAAAACAAAUUGUUCCAGAGACGAAAGACAACUUAAAGGACAGAUCUGAGCAACACCAGGUCUAUGCAGAUAGCAUCCAAAAACAGAGACUUCAGUCAGGCAAAUUUAAUAUCAAAGAAUUACAAAAACAGCUCAAAGCUAUGUUCAGGGAUCACCACAAGGGUUUUAAUGAGACCUUUUCUAAACUAGACAAGUGUAAUGAUGGCUGUAUAACGAUAAGUGAUUUCCAGAGUGUACUGAAGGAUCAUAACUACCAACUGGGACAAGAACAACUCAAACAACUCUUGGUCAGGUUGGAAAUUCCACUGUAUAACAACAAGUUUUCAUAUUCUCAUUUCUUGCGGGCCAUUGAGGGUAUUGAAGACAAGUCUUUAAAGUGUGGAUCGAAGCUUACAUUUAUUCCACGUGAAAACAUUGAAGCCCCAUCUCCAGAAAAAGUGAUCACUAGACUAAAGGGGGUUGUCCUCAAAUCCUAUGGGGCAUUGUUUAAGGCUUUUAAAUCAUUUGAUAAAUACGGAAAUGGAAAGAUCAACUCGUUGGCAUUCCGCCAUGUACUGAAUAAUGUAUGCUUCAGGAUGACAGAUGGGGAAUUCAAUUACCUCCUCAGCAAAUUGAAAUUAGACUCUGACUACAUGGUGGACUGGGUUGACUUCCUACAGACCUCCACCAUUCACAAUUAUAAGACUGCAGAGGUACCAGAUGGAGAAGCGGCUAGACCAAAAUCAUCACAGCAGUUAACAAUGAAUGACAUUAUGUCCCACGUACGAGAUGUUGUCAAUAAGUGCCUCUAUACCAUUACUCAAGAGUUUGAAGACAUUGAUUAUGCAAAUAUAAAAGCAAUUUCCAAGAAAAACUUUAAAGAAAUAUUUUUCAAGCACUUCAUGAGUCUCACAGAUGAACAGUUUGAAAACCUGUGGAAUCAAUUACCGGUCAAUGAUUAUGGGAAUCUGGAAUAUCACAAAUUUUUGAAGCAGUUCACUGGUCAGGAGUUACUUGACAUGAACAGUAGUCGAGCAGCGUCACGAACCAAACUGUCAACGUCUAGAAGCACAAGUAGAUCUUCAAGUUCUCAGAGUCAUAAAACAGCAUCUGCCAUUCUGGGCAAUGAAAAGCCAAUGGAGUUCUCACAACAAUCGGCCUCCUUAGCAUCAUCAAUGAACUGUGAGGCAAUUGAGCAGAGGCUGAAGAAAGAUAUUAAACAUUUCUGGAAGGAGAUACAAAAAGAAUGCAUCGAAAAAGACACUGAGAAACAGGGUGAAAUUGAAGCUACUGCUUUUCAGGCUGUAAUGAAAAAGUUCUGCAUACCUAUUAAACCAGAGGAGUUUCAGCAGUUGGCCAAAAAGUAUGAAACUAAGAGUGUGGGUCAUUUUGCAUACAAUGAAUUUCUUCAGCACCUCAUCUUAUCACUGGGGAAACUGGACACAAAUCCACUGCAGAGAAUGAGGAUCCCACAUCCAAAGAUCCCGAUGAGCCCCGGAAUGCAACAUGAGACACUUACUCAAUUAAUGAUGCGGAUUCAGCCAUGCAUCACAAAAUGUUGGAAGCUUAUGCGUCGAACUUUUAAAGCCUAUGAUGAGACGGGGAGUGGCUACCUCUCACUUUUUCUGUUUCGACAGGUCCUGCAGCAGUAUGGUAUUAAACUAUCUGAGGAGGAAUUUUACUACCUGUCGUCCUAUUAUGACAAGCAUCUACAAGGAACAAUCUCAUAUAAUGAAUUCCUGCAUGUAUUCCUCUGAAUACUCUGUUUCUACGUUCAUUUUGUAUUUUUAAAGAGAAAUAUGACAACUAUUUUCUAAUGGUAAAGGUAUUUUCUAAACUAUCAACUGUAUAGUUAUUUUAGACCAGUUACAUCAUAAACUUUUCAAAGUUUGGGCAUUAUAUUUUAGAAGCAUCCUAUUUUUUUAAAAUCUCCUAUUGCUAUUGAUUGAAAAUGAAUAAAAGGCAAAGUAAUGUUACAAGAACCCCACUGAUUUAUCCAGUCACAUAAAUCUAUAUUUAAUAAUAAUGUAUUAUUAUUGUAAUGCAUUACAAAAGUAAAUUUUUGAGGAAUUCAUCAGUUACAAAAUGUCACUGGCAGAAACAGUUGAAAACAUUUCCCAGUUAUGUAACAUGAAAAUAAACCAUCUUGAG